AUGCCUGUGAUGAAAGGAUUAUUAGCGCCGCAGAACACGUUUCUGGACACUAUAGCCACACGGUUUGAUGGCACUCACAGCAACUUCAUCCUGGCUAAUGCACAGGUGUUGAAGGGCUUUCCCAUCGUCUACUGCUCUGAUGGCUUCUGCGAGCUUACAGGGUUCUCCCGGGCCGAGGUCAUGCAGAAGAGCUGUGCCUGUAAGUUCCUGUACGGGCCAGAGAGCAGCGAAAGCAUCAUCCUCAGCAUUGAUGACGCCCUGGAGGAGCGAAAGGAGUUCAAAGAUGAGAUCAUGUUCUACAAAAAGACAGCUGUGCUGUUCUGGUGUCUGCUGGACAUUGUGCCAAUUAAGAAUGAGAAGGGAGACGUGGUGCUCUUUCUGGCUUCAUUUAAGGACAUCACUGAUACUAAAGCCAAAGUCAUCCAGGAGGACAAGAAGGAGGAGCGACGGCGCGGCAAAGUGAAAACCGGCUCUCAGUUCAGCUCAGCUCGUCUGCGGAGAAGUACGGUGCUCUACCACAUCUCUGGUCACCUCCACAGCAGAGAGAAGAGCAAGAUUAAGCUCAACAAGAAUGUGUUUGGGGAUCUGCCCGCUCUGCCAGAGUACAAGGUAGCAGAUGCCAAGAAAUCGAAAUUCAUCUUGCUCCACUACAGCACGUUCAAAGCCGGUUGGGAUUGGCUGAUUCUACUCGCCACAUUCUACGUUGCUGUGACGGUGCCCUACAAUGUGUGCUUCAUAGGCGAUGAUGACGACCUGACCCGCAGCACAACCGUCAGUGACAUCGCAGUGGAGAUACUGUUCAUCAUCGACAUUGUUUUUAAUUUUCGCACAACCUAUGUCAGCAAAUCGGGCCAGGUGAUCUUCGACGCUCGGCAGAUAUGCAUCCAUUACCUGACCACGUGGUUCGUCAUCGACCUGGUGGCCGCGUUGCCCUUUGACCUGCUCUAUGCCUUCAAAGUCAGCGUGGUGUCUGUGGUCCACCUGUUAAAAACAGUACGUCUGCUCCGGUUGCUGCGUCUGCUCCAGAAGAUGGACCGCUACUCGCAGCACAGCACAGUGGUGCUGACGCUGCUGAUGUCCAUGUUUGCCCUUCUGGCCCACUGGAUGGCCUGCAUCUGGUACAUUAUCGGCAAGAUGGAGAUGGAGGCUAACGCCUACAGCUGGGACAUUGGAUGGCUCCAUGAGCUGGGGAAGCGUCUGGAGUUGCCGUACUAUGCCAUAGGAGGCGUGAACGGGACCAGCAGCGGCCCCGCCAUCCGCAGCGUCUACAUCGCCUCCCUCUACUUCACCCUCAGCAGCCUGACCAGCGUGGGCUUCGGCAACGUGUCGGCCAACACUGACAUCGAGAAGAUCUUCUCUAUUUGCGUCAUGCUUAUAGGAGCACUGAUGCAUGCAUUGGUCUUUGGCAAUGUGACAGCCAUUAUCCAGAGGAUGUACUCACGCUGGUCCCAGUACCACACCAGAACCAAAGACCUCAAGGACUUCAUACGUGUCCAUCACCUGCCACAGAGCCUCAAGCAGCGAAUGUUGGAGUAUUUCCAGACGACCUGGUCAGUCAACAACGGCAUCGACUGUAAUGAGCUGUUGAAAGACUUUCCGGACGAGCUGCGAUCCGACAUCACCAUGCACCUUAACAAGGAGAUCCUGGAGCUGUCGUUGUUUGCCUCUGCCAGUCGCGGCUGCCUGCGCUCCCUCUCGCUGCACAUCAAGACCUCCUUCUGCGCUCCCGGAGAGUACCUCCUACGACAAGGGGACGCACUCCAGGCCAUCUUCUUUGUCUGCUCUGGCUCCAUGGAGGUGCUGAAAGACGGCAUGGUGCUGGCCAUUCUGGGUAAAGGCGACCUGAUCGGGGCGAACCUGUCUUUAGAUGACCGAGUGAUAAAAACCAACGCGGACGUGAAGGCCCUGACCUACUGUGACCUGCAGUGUGUUAACCUCCGGGGGCUGUACGACGUGUUGGAUCUUUACCCCGAAUACUCGAACCGCUUCGUCCAGGACAUCCAGCAGGACCUCACAUACAAUCUGAGGGAGGGACAUGAGACACAUAUUAAGGCCCGACUCUCCACAUCAGCUCUAGAUACUCAGCCUGGGGUGAGAAGGAAUGGAGGAGUGGUUCAGGGCUAUCCACGCAUCAUAGAGGCACAGGAGGAACAUGAGGAAGAUGAAGAGGAGGAGGAAGAAGAGGAGGAGGAAGAUGAGGCUGUGUCUUUGUCUCUGUCAUCUGAGAGGAAACGGGCGGUGAACCUCGGGGACACGGGUGGGAAGUGUCAGCCGAGCCGAUCUAGCCAGAAGACCUCGGGACAGAGUUCCAGUAGGUCUCGGAGGAAGAUCCAGGAAAUAACUCUCACCACUUUAGACCCGUCCAACCUCAGCCCACGGAUAGUGAACGGUAGUGAAGACAGCGAGGGGACAGAGGGUUCCCUAGCUUUCCCCUUCUCUACCAGCCGAGGUUGUCCUGUUAAUGAACCAACCAGUGCCUCUGCGUCCGCCACAGAUAUACUGCAGAUCAGCACAGCAGAGUUAGCAGUUAAAGCAGAAGAGACAAGAGGACAACUGCGACACCUCGACCAGCAGGUGAGUAACCUCGGGAGGGAAGUGGCCGACCUCGGACAAGUCAUGAGGAGAAUGGCCCAACUCAUGGAGACCCUCAUGUCAUCAGGGCCACAACCUACAGUGGUCUGCCCGACGCACUACUCCCCAGCACACCCCACAUACCGGCCCCAUCCCACCCCUCCUAUGUCUUACCCUUCACCAUGCUCCUCUCAGACUGCCUCCAUUUGGACGGACAUGCCUACGUCGUUGCCCUCCUCUCCCCUGACUAUCCCUCUGCAACACGGUGCGAUAUGCCAAAUGGACUUCCUCACACACAGAUCCCAGGACCUCCAGCUGGGGUACUCUGCUAUCCCCAGCUCAACUCCCCCUCCAACUCGCAACUCAUCUGAACUUCAUUUACAGCCCGUCGUCUCAGAGCCUCAUCUGCCUUCCUCGCCCCUCAGCUCACCAGAGUUUUCCCACUACAAAGACAGGGUUUCUGUCUCCAUCAGGUCAAGAGAACCCAGUCCACCUUCACAGGACGGGGGAGAUGAGGGCCCUCAUCAGAGCUCUGGGUGCUCUCUGCAAACUGGAUUUGGGGGCACCUACCACAACCCAACUAAGGGUUUGUAG